AUGAUUAACAGUUCAUCGAUACCACUCUGCUUGCUACUGAUGAUAGCAGCUUAUUUCGAUGAACUACCUGGAGUGCAAGUAAAGGCAACGCGCAUGGGGAACGCUACUGGUAAGCGACCGGUCUAUAUCGGAGCAUUUCUCCCGAGCAGUUCUCUCCCAGCCUACAGUACACUGGCCGAGACUCUACAAGUUGCUGUCGAUCAUGUCAAUAACUUGACGGGAAUCUUAGAUGAUUUUGAGCUGCGGUUGCGAUGGAAUUGGACGAAGACAGAACCUGGUAGAGGUUUGCUGAUUAUGAAUGAGUUUGUCCGAGAAGGACCUCCAGUUCUCAUGGCUUGGGGACCUCUCUACUCAAAGGUUGCAGUCAUCCUAAACGAAGUUAUGCCACGCUAUGAUAUUGUACAGGUAACUACAGCCUCGUCCUCAAGUCUCAAGGAUCGUUCCCGCUACCCGUUAACGCUUCAAGCUGGGGGUGACGAGAAUCACUUAAACCCCGCAAGGGUGGAGUUUGUCAGGCGCAUGGGUUGGAAAAGAGUCGCAAUUAUCUUCGAAGAUAACCAGUAUUUCCGUAAGAAUAUUGAGCAUCUUGCAGUAUUGUUGACAGAGAGUGACGUCACCAUACUCACACAAGAAUCUGUUAAGGAGGCGGAAAACUCAGAUGAACAGUUGAAUAAUCUUAAGAGACAUGACGCAAGGGUGAUCUUUAUCGGUUUUUACGCGGAGUCUGCCACAACAUUAUUUUGCAAGAUUUACAGAGCGGAUCUUUUUGGCUCAAAAUACGUUUGGCUUUUACCAGGCUGGUACCAAGAUGAGUGGUGGAAGGACAUUGCUGACGUAUCGUGCACUCAUGACGAACUGGAAACUGCUUUAAACUUCUACAUUGGAUUCAACUGGGACUUUGGACUAAAAGACUUAUCUCUAUUGGAUCUUAAUGGAAUUAAGUUAUACCCAGAGCAAUUGGAAGACGUGAGCAAGCUUAAGUUUAGCGCUACACGUUCGUACGACUGCUUACUUACCAUUGCACUGGCACUGAAUUCAUCAAUACCCGAUCUGCAGAAGCUGAUACCUCCGAGGCGACUAGACGACUUUAAUUACGGAGAUACAGAAAUGGCGGACGUGUUUUGGAACCACUCGUAUCGGACAAAGUUUGUGGGUGCAACGGGCCCGGUGGAGUUCACUGAAGACUUUGGGCGCAAAGGUGGCAAUAUAUUUAUUGUGCAGUUGAAAGGUAACAACGUUGUCAAAUUAGCGACACUUCACCCAAACGGUCAGUACACCACAGUUGCAAACACAUCUAUCGAAUGGAGAGGGUCAAGAAAACCAGUCGAUGGUGUCAGCGAGACGCAGCAGUUUCUCAGUGUUUCCUACUGGCAUCAGAGCGUUAUGUUCAUCUUAGCUGGAUGCGGUGUUAUGACUGCGUUUUUAUUUCUCAGUCUGAACAUUUACUUUCGUAAAGAAAGAGCCAUCAAGAUAUCGAGUCCUCAAAUCAACAAUCUGAUUGUUUGUGGAUGUCUCCUUCUUUACUCCUCUGUCUUCGUUUCUGGAAUGGACACAUCUGGAUGUGAUGAAACAGAAUUCAUCAUCCUGUGCUAUACGAAUGUACUUCUGACAUGUGUCGGGAUAUCCCUGUCAUUUGGAUCUCUACUGAUUAAGACAUACCGCAUAUUCGCAAUAUUUAAGAUAGCUGUGGCCAAGUUCAAGAAAAUUGAUUUGCCUGAUCGCAAGUUGAUGUUUUUUGUAUUAAUUCUGGUCUUGCUGGAUUUUCUCUUGGUGACUAUGAGAUCUGUCAUCGGUCAAGCAUUCGUCCAAAACGUCCAUCUUAACAUUAAGUUGAUCGAUCCCGUUGAAGAAAUUUACAUCAUCCCAGUUUUCCGCCAAUGUGGAUAUCACUAUGGUAAUGUCUUCACAGGCGCCCUCUAUAGUUUGAAAGGAAUCAUGUUCGUGUUUGGCAUAUUUCUUGCGUGGGAGACUAGAGAAGUAAACAUUAAAGGGAUCAAUGACAGUAAAUACAUCGCUCUAUCCAUCUUGGUUGUUGGUUUAACCAUCGCUCUAACCAUACCAGCCCUUCAAGUUCUUAGCAAUGACAUUGACCUACAGUUCUCUGUCUACUCGAGUGCAGUGAUCUUCGCUAAUACUACAGUAUUGUGCAUGGUGUUCGUACCCAAGCUUCGUCUAAUUAAGACACAUCGAAACACUUUGCAAACAAGCAUGUUAGUAAAAACAACUCGUACCACCUCGGCUGAAUCUUUUCCCCCAAGCAGAAGCAGACUAACGGAUCUACAAACUACCCUAGACAAGAAUAAAUCGGUUCUGAAAGAAUUGUUGACCGUUUACCGAAGAAGUUCUGACAAUUCCAGUAAGCCAACAGACUGCUAGAUACGAGUUCUGACAAUUCCAGUAAGCCAACAGACUGCUAGAUACGAGUUCUGACAAUUCCAGUAAGCCAACAGACUGCUAGAUACGAGUUCUGACAAUUCCAGUAAGCCAACAGACUGCUAGAUACGAGUUCUGACAAUUCCAGUAAGCCAACAGACUGCUAGAUACGAGUUCUGACAAUUCCAGUAAGCCAACAGACUGCUAGAUACGAGUUCUGACAAUUCCAGUAAGCCAACAGACUGCUAGAUACGAGUUCUGACAAUUCCAGUAAGCCAACAGACUGCUAGAUACGAGUUCUGACAAUUCCAGUAAGCCAACAGACUGCUAGAUACGAGUUCUGACAAUUCCAGUAAGCCAACAGACUGCUAGAUACGAGUUCUGACAAUUCCAGUAAGCCAACAGACUGCUAGAUACGAGUUCUGACAAUUCCAGUAAGCCAACAGACUGCUAGAUACGAGUUCUGACAAUUCCAGUAAGCCAACAGACUGCUAGAUACGAGUUCUGACAAUUCCAGUAAGCCAACAGACUGCUAGAUACGAGUUCUGACAAUUCCAGUAAGCCAACAGACUGCUAGAUACGAGUUCUGACAAUUCCAGUAAGCCAACAGACUGCUAGAUACGAGUUCUGACAAUUCCAGUAAGCCAACAGACUGCUAGAUACGAGUUCAAGGCAGUUAUGUGCAACAAUCAUAACUGUUAUAACUUAUUUAAAAUGUCGCUGCCAGAAGAAAGCAUCCAACAAUUAUUAAAAAAGUAGAUUAACACAACGGUGGAGAACGAGAGAAAAUAAAUGUGUACUUUAGUCUAUUUUUUGACAGUAGGCCCUGCGAGCAAACAUACUCGGUUCGACUGGACUAAUGAACUAAAGAUAACAGUCAUAUUUGCUUUUCUAGUUCAAAUUGGUCGUCACUGUCGGCCGCAUGUGUCAGUACGAGAAAGUGUGAGUCAUGAUAAGAAUGUGUGCUCUAUGUUUGUAAUCGCUGUCUUUCAUCGAUAAGAAAGAGGGAUUUAUUUGUCUCAUUGGUGUUAGAAUAAAAUUAAAAUUAAAUUUAACAAAUGAAUUUUGAAGAAAAUGCGACUUGUAAAGCAAAUCAGAGUUUGUGCGUGUAGCAUGUUGUGUAAUACUUAUGUAGUUCCACAGUUUGUGGCAUGAGGUAGAGGACGCAUCAUGUCUAUAUAAGACCUAAUCGAUAAAGAAAAAAAACAAACAGUAAAAUUAUUAAAAUAAAUGCAUAUUUAAUAAACAAAAAGCUUAAACACACUUGAGCCUCUUUUGUUCCAUGGAUGCUUUAAAAGACAAUUUGUUUUAAUCAUUUAUGUUAGUUUAAGGUACUUUUUAGUAUUUUUUUAUUUUAACAUUAAGUAAUUCAGCUCAUUUGAACAACAUAACAAUAUAAUUAAAUUUGCACUUUAUAGUUGGACAAAUGAUUCUUAUAAGUUAUUAGUAUUGAUGAUUUAAAACCUUGCCCCAACCGUUUAAAGGCACUGUACACGUUUGGUAAUUGUCAAAGACCAGU